UAAAAAAAAAAAAACAUAAACCAAAAACAAAACACAAAUAACAAAAAAAGUAAAAUAAAAUAGAAAUGGUGACAUCAAAGAAGCUUGUUACAUUAUUUUUCGUUUGUAUCGUCAUGAUUUCUUCAUGUGUUUACGUCUCCAUGGCUGACGAAGAAAAUAGUAACGCAGAAAAAGUGGACGAAGCAUAUAAAUCGGCUUCAACGGACUACAUAGGUUGUUAUAAUGAUUGUCAAAAAGAUUGCUCAGGUGGAUACACUCAUUGUGAGAUGAAGUGUGAUGAAGAAUGCACAGCUAAAUUGCUCAAAGAGAAAUUGAAAAUGUAGUGUGGCAGUGUGGGGACAAGAACAAAACGGUGGCUUGUUUUUUAAAUUUUUAAUUUAAGUGAUUUCUGAGAACACUGUAUUUGUAAUUUUUAAGAUCCAAUAAAAUCGUUUCGUCUUAAUCUUCUUAAAA